AUGGCACCCAGCAAGACCGACCUCAAGCGCCGCGCGCAGAAGAAGGCAGACCUCGAGGGCACUCGCGUCCCCACCACCAAGGGCGGCGUGCCGCUCAAGGCGCCCAAGGAGCAGAUCCAGUGCACGUCGUGCAAGGCCAUGCUCGAGAAGCGCCAGGUGCACCAGCUCAAGCUGCACCACGAGGCCAAGCACGACAAGCUGCCCUUUGCCCAGUGCUUCCCCGGCGUCGAGGCCUAG